AUGUCGGGGACCAAGGGGACUGGGGGCGCUUUCUCCUCCCGCACAGCUGCAGCCGCCGCCCCCGCGGGCUGCCUCCUGCUCCCGGGUCCCAGCGGGGUGGCGGGCCGGGGCCGCAGACUGCCAGGCGGCCGCGAGGGGCGCGCGCUCAGGUGGAGCUGGCGGGCUCCGCAGCUGCGCCCCGCGUCCCGCCGAGCCGCCGGGGCCGCUGGAGCCGCGCCAGGCCUCGGCUUCCCGCCGGCGGGCCCGGGGGCGGGGCGGCCCCAUCCCCGCGUCCCCACGUCCCAUCCCCCACGCCGCCCUUCGCCCUCCCGGAUCCUUCCCGCGCCGUCUUCCCUUCCCGCUUUCCCCGGGAGAAACAUGGCCGGGAGCAGUGAGGAGGCGCCAGACUUCGGGCGAGGCGUCGUGAUUAUGGACAAUUGGCCGGGGUAUGACUUGAAUUUAUUCACAUACCCACAGCACUAUUGUGGAGAUUUGGAUUAUGUCCUUAUACCUCAUGGCAUCAUCGUGGACAGAAUUGAGCGGCUGGCUAAGGAUAUUAUGAAAGACAUAGGAUAUAGUGACAUCAUGGUCCUGUGUGUGCUUAAAGGAGGUUACAAAUUCUGCGCUGAUCUAGUGGAGCACUUUAUGAACAUCAGCCGAAAUUCAGAUCGAUUUAUCUCCAUGAAAGUUGAUUUCAUCAGACUAAAAAGUUACCGGAAUGACCAGUCCAUGGACGAGAUGCAGAUAAUUGGAGGAGAUGAUCUUUCGAUGCUGGCUGGAAAGAAUGUUCUCAUCGUUGAGGAUAUUGUUGGAACUGGGAAAACCAUGCAAGCGCUACUCAGCAGCAUAGAGAAAUACAAGCCCAACAUGGUUAAGGUGGCCAGUUUGUUGGUGAAGAGAACACCCAGAAGUGAUGGCUUUAGACCCGACUAUGCUGGAUUUGAGAUUCCAAACCUAUUUGUGGUGGGAUAUGCCUUAGAUUACAACGAAUACUUCAGAGAUCUGAACCACAUAUGCGUGAUCAACGAACAAGGUAAAGAAAAAUACCAAGUUUAAAGACAUAAACUCUCACCAUGCGAUUCCCAGACACCAUCAUUCGGAGGAUGACACUCAGGAAGCCAGUUGCCAAGUGGGUCUCUCCAGGCGUCUUCCCUUAACAGGACAUAAAAGAAAAAUUGUUUUAAUGAGAGCAGUUUCUUUUCUGAGAUUUUAGUAGAAAGGGUACCAAAGGUUCUUAAGGAAGAGAAAGCAAUGCUUUUAUCUGACUUGUUCCAAAUCCAACACUCCGCCUUAUGACUCAGCCGUGCUAUCUACCUUCACAAGCCUGCGCUGUAUCCACCUUCCUUUGUUGUAAUACAGUCAUUAAACUUGAUUACGAUGCCCAGGAUACCCCCACCUAGUUACUCAAAUAUUUUUCACUUUUUUAAAAUCACUCUAUUUUGGUAAUAUUCCAUAGUAUUAAAACCCUAGAAAUCUUUUCAUGUAAUCCCUGAUCCCUAUAUAUUUUUAGUAGGUUCCCAUACUGAGAAAAAAGGGGGGGGAGGACAAUUUAAUAUAAAUUUUUGUUUGUGCGUUUCUGACAGGCCAUUAUUAUCUGCUUUGACAAAGCCUUUCUGAAACGCAGUGUACAAUGAAUCUUAAUGAUGUUAUGACAUGAACCUUUGCUUUAGCAGUCUGAUUUGAGUUUCCGGUAUGUGAUGGCGCUACGGCAUGUGUGCAUGGAUGUACUCGACUGUGUUUAAUACUCUGAAUUUUAAUUAGGAAAAACACAAUGGCAGCAAGGCUCCGGUUUCUAAGCGGCAUCCUUCUAUUCAUGUGGGACAUGAAUAAAUGGCAGAAUGGCUGUGGGGGGGGUGGUUUCAGUGCUCAAAACUAAGCAAGUAUAAAUCUGUCCUCUUAUUUGCAUUAAAGGACAAGACGUGGUUGUGUCCUAUCCAAAACAUGAAAACAGAGAUUGAUUUAUUUUUUAAGUAUCCUUAUAAAAGACUGAUCACAAAAAUCCAAGGUGCUAUAAGGAAACAAGCAUACUUCAGAAUAACAGUUUUUUUUUCCAUUUUUACCGUUUUAUAAGACAUUUACUAGUUUAUGGGGAUUUUAAUUGAAAUAAACUUGAGUGCCAAUAGAGCUGUUUUUUCUCACUUCCUAAAAAAAGUAAAUGCAAGAUAAAUAACUAAGCAGUCUUUGUUUCUGGACCAUAUGUGGCAUAUUGUGAUUAGAUUCUAGCUUCCUUUGGACUAAUAAAGAGUAAGAAAACUU